UCGUGGUAUCUAUUCCCGCAAGACUAUUAACAGGUUGAUAAGAUAGCCAGUAGUCUAAUAAGCAAACAUCUUCAAGUGUCUGUCACACUUAACUGUCAACAGCAGAGUGUUCAGUGAUCUGACUGAAAGUUUCGCUUUUUGAUCAAAAUCAGCGUUAACGCAGAAUGGUAGGUUCACAAGAAAUCCUGAAGGAGCCAGCUGACUUUGGGCCACUCCCAGUUAUAGGGACAAGACAUUGGCAAGCCUUGAUGACAUUUCUGAGUUUGGUGAUCGCCUACUCUAUGAGAGUCAACCUGUCUGUAGGGAUCGUGGCCAUGACUGACAAUACAGAAGCCAAUCGCUACAUACCGGUAUUGCCAUGGGAUAGCUCCACAAAAGGCAUCAUCUUGAGUUCCUUUUUCUGGGGAUAUUUAAUCCUGCAGAUUCCAGCCGGUCUGAUGUCCCGCAAAUUUGGCCCUAAAUACCUGCUGUUCUGGGCUACAAUCGUCUGUUCUGCUCUAACUCUUCUUGUUCCAUAUAUUGCCGAGAACUUCAGCUGGGUAGUAUUAUGUAUGACCAGAGUGGCCAUGGGUCUUGUUCAGGGGGCUUUCUAUCCAUGUGUCAACGCCCAUACUUCCAAGUGGGCCCCUCCCCUGGAGAAAAGCAGGAUAUUCUCGUUUGUGUUCGUAGGCAUUCAAUUCGGUACCUUUCUCACAAUGCCCAUAGCCGGGUACCUGGCCGCCAGUCCGUGGGGCUGGCCCAGUAUCUUCUACUGUACCGGACUGUGCGGUGUAUUGUGGUCUGUGGCCUGGCUCUUUGUAGGCGCCGACUCUCCGGACUCCCACCCCACCAUCAGCGACGGAGAGCGUCACUACAUAGUUUCUUCACUAUCACAAGUUUCUACUGAAAAUAGUCACUUUAAGACUCCAUGGAAGUCUAUUAUGACGUCAGUACCAGUUUUGGCUCUUAUCACCGUGCACUUCUGCCAGAACUGGGGCUACUGGAUGCUUCUCACACAGCUACCAAACUACCUAAGUCACGUUCUUAGUUUUGACUUAAAAAGUAAUGGGCUCAUAUCUUCACUUCCUUACUUGAUCAUGUGUCUACUGACUUUUGUAUUUUCCUGGGCUGCAGACUACAUCAACGCCAGACGUAUCCUGCCACUCAGCGCAUCUAGGAAGAUAUGGAACAGCUUAGCCCACUGCGGAGGUGCGGCUGCUCUUGUGGGAAUGUCGUUCAUCUCCAGCAGUGUCACUGGAGCUGUAGUUCUUCUCACCACAUCGGUGUCCCUAGGAGCUGGCAUCUAUAUGGGGUACCUGGCAACCGCCCUUGAUCUUUCCCCAAACUUCUCAGGUGUUCUUAUGGGUAUCGUCAACUGUCCUGGGCAACAUUUCAUCUUUCCUCGCUCCGAUGGUUACUGGUUUCAUAGUCAAAGACGAGGGAAUUUGAGCGCUAGAAAAAUGGGAGAAGUUGGUACAGGCCCUACCAAUGGCCUAUAA